GUCUGGGGGCGAGGGUUCCUCCAGCUCGGGUAGGUAAAAACAAACCAUGAAGAAGAAGUUCCGCUGUGAGAGCACCGGACGAUAAUUUAAAAAUCUUUAAAUCUUCACGUUAAAUCUGCGUCUUUUUUAUUUACUCGUUGUUUUUAAUUCGACAACAAACAAACAAACCUCCUGAGGGAACUGUCGCUCGAGCCUGCCCGUCCAACAUGGCGGCGGUGGACGUGGAGGACGAGAGUAUCCUGGCGUCGGUGUUCCGGGACAGCUUCCCGGACAGCUGGAGGGACAACCCGGACUUCACCGCCUACCUGUCCGAGCUCAGCUCCUUCGGGGUGGAGAAGCUGAGCCGGGAGCCGGAGCGUCUGGCGGAGGAGCGGGCUCAGAUCCUGCAGCAGACCCGGGAGCUGGCGUUCUCCAACUACCAGACCUUCAUUCGCACCGCCGACUGCACCGAGCACACCUACCGGGACUUCGGCCGCGUGGAGAGCAGCGUGUCCCGGCUGCUGGACAAGCUGCCCGGCUUCGGGGAGAAAUGCAGGAGCUUCGUGAAGGAGGCGGAGGACAUCGGAGCCAGUCGUCGGAUGAACAGCCUGACGCUGAACCGACACACGGAGAUUCUGGAGAUCCUGGAGAUCCCCCAGCUCAUGGACACCUGCGUCCGAAACGGAUACUACGAGGAGGCUCUGGAGCUGGCGGCGUACGUCAAGAGGCUGGAGAAGAAACACUCCUCGCUCCUGGUCAUUCAGGGGAUCGUGCGUGAAGUGCGUCAGUCGACUCAGCUGAUGCUCAACCAGCUGUUGCAGCAGCUGCGCAGCAACUCGCAGCUUCCUGUCUGCCUUCGUGUGAUUGGCUACCUGCGCAGGAUGGACGUGUUCACGGAGGCGGAGCUACGGGUGAAAUUCCUGCAGGCCCGCAGCACCUGGCUGAACUCCAUCCUCGCCGCCAUCCCUGAAGACGAUGCCUACUUCCACAUCACCAAAACCAUCGAAGCCUGCAGAGUCCACCUGUUUGAUAUCAUCACCCAGUACCGAGCCAUCUUCUCUGACGAGGAGCCGCUGGUCCCCCCCCUCGGUGGGCAGGUGGUGGUGAACGAGGGGGCCAUCUUCCAUGGCUGGGUGGUGCAGAAGGUGGCGGAGUUCCUGGAGACGUUAGAGAGGGACCUGCAGCGGGGCGUGGGGGGUCGCCUGGAUUCCCUGCUGGGUCAGUGCAUGUACUUUGGACUGUCCUUCAGCAGGGUGGGGGCAGAUUUCCGCGGGCAGCUAGCGCCCAUGUUCCAGCAGGUGGCGGCGGAGACGUUCAGCCGAGCCGUGCAGGAGGCCAUGGACAAGUUCCAGGAGGACAUGAACCUGUACACGCUGAUCGCCCUGCCGUCAGUGCUGGGAGGGACCAUCCCCCCCGUGGCCCCCAGCAUCCAGCCCGGCACCCUGCAGCCCCCCAUGUCCCUGCUGGACUUCCAGCCGUUGGCCUGCUUCCUCAACAACAUCCUGACGGCCUUCAACGACCUCCGGCUCUGCUGCCCGGUCGGUCUGGCCCACGACGUCACCAGGUGUCUGGAGGACGCUCUGCAGAAGGUGACUCGUCAGAUCCUGGUGUUUCACCGGGCUGAGGAGUCGGCGUUCAGCAGCCGAGAGAAGGAGCUGUUCCUUCAGUUCUGCUGCUCGUACGCUGAAGAUCUGCUGCCGUUCCUCAACCGUUGUCUGCAGCUCCUGUUUCCUCCGGCUCAAGUCGCUCUCAUCCUGGGUGUUCCUCCGACUCAGCUGCACAGGUACGACAGUCUGGGCUGCAUCGACCUCACCUCAGUCCUCGAGCCUCUGGACUUCUUACUUCCACAGAAAGAGACUCUGGCUCCGCUACCGGCGCCCGACGAAGACCUCGCCACCGAGCUGAGCAGCCUGGAGUUUGAGACGCCGCUCAAAGAACCGGGGACGGAUCCCGAAGAGACGCCGACGCAGUCCAACCCCGGAGACCCAGAGUCUGAGGACGCUGCUGAAGGGACAGAGUCGAAGUCCGAGGAUGAAGAAGACGAGACGCCGCUGGACGAAGAGUUUUCUUUAGAGUAAAGUGGAAGAAUCAUUCUGGACUCUGGUGACGGGAACAAAUUUAAAGACUAAAUGAUCAAUUUAAACUUUUAUAUUUGAGGAAAAAUCUUUAACUGUCUCCUGGAAGAGAGAGAUUCUGAAUCAGCUGAUUUAUUGGUGGCGGUAUCUGUUGAUAAAAUCUCUGAACCUUCAUCUCUGAACUUAAUCUGAAGUCGUGGUUGGUUCGUCGUCAGCUGCUCUGACUGGAUGAGAUCAUAUUUAAAUUGAUUUCAUCUACAGCAUCUGAUCAGUUAAAAUGAAGACAUUUUCCAGAAUAAAAUCUCAGAUCUACAGGAAGUAAAUGACAGUGUGAGAGAAUGUGUAACUGUGUGAAGCUGUAAAGUUUCACAUUAAAGGUGUGUAUAUAUAUAUAUAAAAUAAAUCUCUGCGGGUCACGUCAGA